CCGCCGCCAAAAACGCGCACUAGUAACCCACCGAGAUAACUAAUUUCACUUCGACCCAUGGCAAACCAAAAGGCGCUAUAUUACUUCGCGCCAACAUGGGACUAUCCGCCGACCGGACCCAUCAAACUCGGCGCCGUUCUCGCGACUAUCGAUACCCCCGAACGGCCCCUCGCGCUGCUCAGCCCCAGCGAAACCGACGUAUUCUCCUCCACCAAAUCGACAGUGCAAUACUCGAAGGAAAAGCUGAGGUCGGGUGGAUUUUCCAUCCUUACCACGUUUCUCAGCUUCCUCGGCUUCGGGGCCGAUGCGGGUCUGAGUAGGGAGAACAGCUCAUUUAGCUUCGAUCGCAUAGAGACCAGCCAGUUUAUCCCCACGGAUGCGUACGUUCGGAAGUGCGCCGAAGCCGGGCCUGUUCGCCGCUACCUAGAGAAAGCACGCUAUCGCAAGCCGGUCUACAUAAUUACAGGGGUCAAGGUUGUAAGCGGCGCACAGGCUCGAACAGCCACGUCCCAGGUCAGAGGGGGUGCGAUUGGAUUGGAGGUGGACGGAACUGUUUGGAGUGGCGGGAUGGUACCUGUCAGUGGCGGACCGCAGAUAGAGCUGGCGGAAGCGAGCGAUAAGGAAACAUCUUGGGAAUGGAGUGGUGACUUUGUGUUCGCGUUCAGGGUAAGCAGAGUCCGGGUUCAGAAGACGGGAACGGUGCAGAGCGAGAAGCCGUAUGCAAAAGGUGCUAUGCUUGAUAACGGAGAAGAGGCGAAGCUCUCGGGGGUUGAAAUCACAAUAGUGGAAGAAGAGGGGGCGGCACCAGAGGAGGGGUAUAAGGCUGUGGAGUUGAUGGAAGGAUACGAUGCGGUUAACUGUGGUCUUCUUGCUACCUCUUGGAUCUGGAACCUAGCAUCUCCAUUUUCGGUGAAAGCCACGGAACGUCGGAGCUAA